AUGGGGGAGGGGGUGGUGGUGUUGUGGGGAUUGUGUGGGGUGUGGGGGGGUAGUUUUGGGGUGGGGGAUUUGGGUGGUUUUUUUUGGGGUUGGGGUUUUGGGGGGGUUUUGGGGGGGGGGGGGGGGGGGGGGGGGGGGGGGGGGGGGGGGGGGGGGGGGGGGGGGGGGGGGGGGGGGGGGGGGGGGGGGGGGGGUGGGUUGUUGUUGGGUGUGGGGGGGGUGUGUUUAGGGUGUGGGUUGUGUGUGUUUGGUGUUGGGGGGUUUUGGGUUGGUGUUUGUGUUGGUGUGUGUUUUUUUUGUGGUUUGGUGUAUGUGGGGUAUGGUGUUGGGUUUAUGGGGGUUUGGGGAAGAAGGGUGGAAGGGAUUGUGGGGGAUGUUUUUUGGGGUGGUGUUUUUGUGGGGGGGGUGGUUGGGGUUAGAGAGUUUGAAGUGAGGUGGUUGGGGUGGUUGGGGGGGGGGGGGUUUUGUGUGGGGUGUGGUGGUUUUGGGUUGUUUUUUGGGUGGGUUGGUUUGUUUGUUGGGGUUUUGGGGUUGGUUGUGUGGUUUGGUUUUUUUGUUGGUUGGGUUUUGGUGUUUGUUGUUGGUUUGGUUUUAUAUGGUUUGGGGGUUGGGGGGUGUGUGGUGGUUUUUGGUUUUGUGGUGGUGGGGUGGUUGGGGAGGGGGUUGGGGGUUGGGGUUUGGUGUGUUGGGGUUUUGUAUGAAUUUUGGGGUGUGGUUUUUUGGUGUGGGGGUGUUGAUUGGUGGGUUUUUUGUUUGUGUGUUUUUUUUGGUUGGGGGGGGGAUUUUUGGGGAUUUGUAUUGUUUUUUUAUGGGUUGGGGGUGGGGUGUGUGUUUUAUAGUUUGAGUGGGGUUGGGUGGUUAUGUGGGGGGUUUGUUGGGGGUGGGUUUGUUGUAUGGGGAUUGGGUUUGGAUGGGGUGGUUGGGGGGUUGAAGGAGGAGGAGGGGGGGUGGGGUUAUAGGGGGGAAGUUUUGGUGGGGGGUGUUUUGUUUGUGAUAUUGAGGAUUUGGUUUUUGGUGGGGAGAGGGGGGUGUGUGAGGGGGGGGGGGGUGGAUAGGGUGUGUUUGGUGAGGUUAUGUUUGGUGGGGGGGGGGGGGUUGAAGAUGGUGGGAGGGGUUGGGGGUUUUGGGGGGUUUGUUUUGUGGGGAUUUUUUGGUUUGGGUAGUUUAUGUUUGGGGUUUUUUGUGUUUUGGGAGGGGGUUUGUUUGGGGUGUGUGAGGUGGGGGUUUUUGGUUGUUUUGUGUGGUUGUUUUGGUGUUUUGUGGGGGGGAUUGUGGUGUUUGUGGUUGUUGUGGUUGGUAGGUUUUUGGGUGUUUUGUUGUUUUGGUGUUGGGGUUAUGUGGAGGUGGGGUGGGUAUUUGGGUUUUGGGUGGGGUGGGGGGUGUAUGGGGUUGUUGUGGGGGUGUGGUUGGUUUUUAUUGGUUUUGGUGUGUGUUUUUUGUUUGUAUUGGUUUUGGGUGUGUUGUUGGUGUUUGUUUUUAUUUUUUGGGGGGGGGGGGGGGGGUUUUGUGGGAUUUUUUUGGUUUUUUUUUGUUGUGUUUUGGGGGUUUGGUUUUUGUUUGGGUGGUGGUGUGUGGGGGGGUUUUUGUUGGGGUUUUGUGUGGUUUGUUUGUGGGUUGGGGGGGGGGGGGUGUUGGGGGUGUGUGGGGGUUUGGGAGGGGGUUUUUUGUGUGGUUGUGGUUGUGGUGUUUGGUUUUGGGGUGGUGUUGUGUGGGGUGGUUGUGGGGUGGGGGUGGGGGGGGUUGGGGGUGGGGGGGGGUUUGUGUGGGUUUUUUGGUUUGUUUUUGUUAGGUUUGUUGUUGUGGGGUGUGGUGGGGGUGUUUUGUGGUGUUGUGGUUGUUUGUGGUGGGUUGUUGGGGUUUUUGGUUUUUGUUUGUUGGGGGUUUGGUUGUGUGGGGGGUUUGGUGUUUUGGUGGUUGGGGGGGGGUGGUUUUUGGGGUUGGGGGGUGGGGGGUGUUGGGGGUGGUGUUGUGGGGGUUGGUGGUUUGGGUGGUUAUGUUUUGUGUGUUUUUGGUGGUGGGGGGGUUUUUUUUGUUUGUUGUGGUGUUGGUUUUGUGUUUUGUGUUGGGGGGGGUGUGUUGUGUUGUGGGGUGUUGGGGUGGGUGGUGGUUGUUGGGGUUGGUGGGGGGUUGGGUGGGUUGGGUUGUGUUGGGUUUGGGGGUGGUUGGGGGUUGGGGGUUGUGUUGUUGGGGGGGGGGGGGGUUUGGGGGUGGGGGGUGUUGUGUUGGGGUGUGGGUGUGUGUUUGUUGGGGGGGGGGUGGUUGUGGUGGGUUUUGGGUGGGUUUUUUUUUUUGUGUUUUAUAUAUUUAGGGGAUGGGGGGGUGGUGGUGGGGGGGUGUUUGUGUGGUGUUUUGGGUGUGUGUGGGGUUGGUGGGUGGGUGGGGGUGGGGGUGGUGGGUUGGGGGGGGUUGGGUUUGGUGUGUUGGGGGGGGGGUGUUUGUUGUUUUGGGUGGUGGGGUUGGGGUGGGGUUGUUUUGUUGUGUGGGGGGGGGGUUGGGUUGUGGGUGUGUUUUGUUUGUUUUUGUGGGUUUUUUGUGGGUUUGGGUUGUUUGUUUUUGGGGGUGGUUUUUGGGGUGGUGUGGUGGGGUUGUUGGGUGUUUGGGGUGUGUGUUGGGGGGGGUUUGUUGUUUGGGUUGGUUGGUGGGGGGGGUGUGUGUUUGUUGUGUUUGGUGUUGGUUUGUGUGGUGUGGUGUUGUGGGGGGGGGGGGUGGGGGGGGGGUUUGGGGGGGGGGUGUGUUGGUGUGUUGGUGGGUGGUGGUGGUGUGAGUUGUUGGUUUUUUGGUUUUGUUGGGUGUAGUGUUUUUUGUUGGGGGGGGGGUUGGGGGUUGGGGUUGGUUGGUGGUUGGUUUUUGUGGUUGUUGUGUGGGGUUUGUUGGGUUUUUGUUUUUUUUGUUUGGGGUUUUGUGGGUGGUUUUAUGGUGGGGGUUGUUUUGUUUGUGUUGGUUUUAGGGGGGGUUUUUUGUUGUUGGGGUUUUGGUUUUUGUGUAUUGUUUUGUUUGGUGUGUUUUUUGUUGUUGGGUGGGGUGGGGGGUUGUUUGGUGUGGUGGGUUGUUGUUUUGGGGUUUGUGUUGGGGGUUUGGUUAGUGUUGGGUUUGGGGGUUGUUGGUUUUUUGUUUUUUGGUGAUUGGUUUGGUUGUUGUUUUGUUGGUUUGUUUUUUUGGUUUUGGGGUGUUAUUUUUUUUUGGGGGGUGUGGGUUUUUUUUUUGGGGGUGUUGUUUGUGUGGGGUGUGUUGGGGUUUGUUUUGGUUUGGUUUGUAAUUGUGGGUUUUUUUGUUUUGUUUUUGUUGUUGGUUUGGGGUGGUUUUUUUGGUUGGGGGGGGUUUAGUGGGUUGGGGGUGGGUGGUUGUGUGUUGUUGGGGGUGUUGUGGUGUUUUUGUGUGGGGUUUGUGGUGGGUUUUUGUUGUUUGUUUAGUUGUUUGUUGUUUUGGGUGUUGUAUUGGUGUUGUUUUGUUUUUUGGUGGGGUGUUUGUUUGGGGUUGUGGUGGUGUUUUUUGGUUGUGGUUGGUGUUGGGGGUUGUGGGGGGUGGGUGGUUGGUGGGGGUGAGGGUGAGGGGGGGUGGUUGGGGGGGUUUUGGGGGUUUUUGGGUGUGGGUGGGGUGGUGGGGGUUUUGGUUGGGGUUUUUUGUUGUUUUGGUGUGGUUGUUUGGUUGGUUUGUUUGUUGUGUUUGGUGUUGUUUGUGUUGUUUGUUUUGUGUGGUUUUGUGGUUGGGUUUGGUGUUGGUUUGUUGGGUGUGGUUUUUGUUGGGGUUGUUGUUUUGGUUGGUGGGGGGUUUGGGGGUUAUUUUUGGGGGGUGGGGUGUGGGUUGGUGGGGGUAGGGUGGUAUUUUAUUUUGGGGUGUGUUGUGUGUGUUAUUGGGUUGGGUGGGUGGGGGUUUUGUGGGGGUUGGUUUAGGGGGGGGGUUUAUUUGGGGGAUGGGGUGGGGGGGGGGGUUGUGGGGAGUUUGGGUUGGGGUGGUGUUGGGGUGGUGGGGGUUGGUGUGGUGUGGUGUGGGUUAGGGGGUGUUUUGUUGUGUUGGUGGUGUGGUUGA